AGUCAGGUCAAAAAGUCAACUAAAGUAGCUUCUGAACGGAGAUAGACAAGGCGGUUAUUCCGCUUUGCUUCCAAAUGUUCUAGUUCUUGAGUGAGAGCCAGUAUUCGAAGUUGCUAUUCUGUGACGAGUGAGUUCAGCAAAAACCAAAAAGUAAAAUGAGUUCAAAGAAUGACAGCACGCUACUCUCUGCCAGUUCUUCAGACAAAUCUGGCAAUAAGUCUAAGAAAUCCUCACUUAGGCGGAAAUUCAGGGCCCUACUGGGCUUUCCUAAACCUUCAGAUUCAAGCCCGUUGGGCCAUCCACACCUCGCUUCUACUUCUGCUAACGUCAUCGAAACUGCAGCACCUUCAUCUCGUCCUGUCUUCAAGUAUGAGGUGUUUCUCAGUUUCAGAGGCACUGAUACUCGCAACACUUUCGUUGAUCAUCUUUACAACAAUCUCAUCAGGAAAGGUAUCUUCACCUUUAUGGAUGACAAGAGGCUCGACAAGGGAGAGCCAAUUUCGUCGCAGCUCAUUCAAGCAAUUCGAGAUUCAAGGGUUUCAAUCGUCGUGUUCUCGAAAGAUUAUGCUGGUUCUGCAUGGUGUUUGGAGGAAAUGGCUACAAUAGCUGAAUGCAAGAAGGAAUCGGGACAGAAAGUUUUCUCCAUUUUCUAUGAUGUGGAUCCUUCUCAUGUUCGAAAUCAGAGAGGAGCGUAUGAAUCUGCAUUUUUGCAUGCAUUGAAAUACAAUCUUGACCGGGUUGCGAGGUGGAAAAGCGCAAUGACGAGCUUGGCCAAUUCGGUUGGUUGGGAUGUCAGAAACAAGCCAGAGUAUACAGAAAUUAAAGAAAUUAUUCAAAAGGUAGUGAAAACAUUGAACCACAGAUUCUCAGGGUUUGAUGAUGAUCUGGUCGGGAUACAACCCCGGGUAGAAAGAUUAGAAACGCUUUUAAAAUUAAGCUCAAAAGAUGAUAAUCCACGGGUUAUUGGAAUUUGUGGCAUGGGUGGUAUAGGAAAAACAACUCAUGCCAAGGUCUUAUAUGACAAAAUCUCUUACCAAUUCGAUGGUUGUUGUUUUAUUGAGAAUGUAAGCCAAAGUUAUAGAAAUGGAGGUGCUGUUAUUAUUCAAAAGCAAAUUCUUAAUCAAGCUCUAGAUGAACAAAAUCUAGAGAUGUUUGGUCACUUUGAGAUAUCUGGCAUUUUAAGAGAUAGGCUGUCUUGCAUAAAGGUUGUUAUAGUUCUUGACAAUGUUGAUGAACUGCAGCAAUUGGAGGAAUUGGCUAUAAGUCCUAAAUUACUUGGGAGAGGAAGUAGAAUUAUCAUCGUCACUAGAAAUGAGCAUAUUCUAAAAGUUUAUGGAGCAGAUGAAGUUGAUAAGGUUGCACUGUUGGAUGACGAUGAAGCUCGUGAACUUCUUUUAAGAAAAGCAUUCGGUGAUGAUGGUUCUAGCAGUAGCAAAUACAUGCAUCUAAUUCCUAAAAUACUGGAAUAUGCUCAAAAUCUUCCAUUAGCUGUCAAAGUAGUGGGUUCGUUGUUGCAUUCCCGAGAUGUUACCCAGUGGACUGAUGCCUUGAAAAGAAUGAGGAAAAUUCCAAACAAAAAUAUUAUGGACGUGCUUCAGAUAAGCUUUGAAGGAUUGGAAUUAUAUGAGAAAGAAAUAUUUCUACACAUUGCUUGUUUCUUUCAUGGAGAGAGAGAAGAUUAUGUAAAACAAAUUCUAGAUAGUUGUGGAUUACAUCCUCAUAUUGGAAUUCCAACUAUUAUGGAGAAAUCACUCAUAACCAUUAGAAAUCAAGAGAUUCAUAUGCAUGAAAUGUUACAAGAAUUGGGGAAGAAAAUUGUUCGGGAAAAAUCUCCAGAAGAACCAGGAUCAUGGAGUAGGUUGUGGCUUUAUCACGAUUUCUACCGUGUAUUGACUUCAGCAACGGGAUCUUAUAGUGUUAAAGCCAUAGUUUUGGAUCAGAAAGAGGAUGUUUCCAAAUAUAGUCAGCUGAGGAUUGAAGGAUUAUCAAAAAUGAUGGGUCUUAAGUUACUCAUAUUACAUCACAAGAAUUUUUCAGGAAGUCUUUAUUUUCUUUCUGACAACUUGCAAUAUAUUUCAUGGCAUGGCUACCCUUUCUCUUCUCUACCAGUAAAUUUUGAUCCACAUAGUCUUGUUGAACUAAAUUUGCGUGAUAGCAACAUCAAACUACUAUGGGAAAGCCCGAAGAGUUUCCCAUGUUUGAAAAAGAUGGAUUUGAGCAACUCGAAAGAUCUCGUGAAGACGCCAAAUUUUGAAUGGAUCCCAAAUCUUAAGUGGCUAGAUCUUUCAGGAUGCACAAAUCUAUCACAGGUUCACCCCUCAAUUGGACUUCUUACUCAACUUGCUUACCUCAGUUUGCGUAAUUGUAGCAAUUUGGUAAGCAUUGAUCUCAACACUGAAUAUAAGUUAUAUUCUUUGAAAGUUCUACACCUCUCUGGCUGCACAAAACUAGAGAACACCCCAGAUUUUACAGGGCUGUCAAAUCUGGAGUACCUUGACCUUGAAAAAUGUGUAAGUUUAUCCGCAGUUCAUGAAUCUAUUGGGGCUCUUGUAAUGCUGAAGUUCUUCAGUUUGAGAGGGUGCAUAAAUCUUGUCCAGCUACCUGCCAGUGUCAACAAUUUGACAUGUCUUCAAAAUCUAGAUUUACAUGACUGCUUCGAACUGAUGAAUCUUCCGCUAAGACAAAUAAGCAUGUUAUCCCCCUAUCUAAGAUAUUUGAUAUUUUUGGAUCUUGGAUCCAGCAAAAUAAAAGUAAUUCCCGAUGCUAUUGGAGCGCUAAAGUGCUUAGAAAGACUAAAUCUUCAAGGAAGCAGAAUUCAAUCUUUACCCGAAACCAUCAAGAGCCUUUCCUGCCUGGCAUAUUUAAACUUGUCAGGUUGCCAUGAGCUUGUUGAAUUGCAUGAUCUUCCAUUUAAGAGUGCUUCAUCAGGGGGAAGGUAUUUUAAGAAAGUAUCAGAAGCUCGUAAUCAUAGAUCGGGAUUAUAUAUUUUCAACUGCAGUAGGGUUAUGAAAUGCCACUGGAUGUUAGUUGCAAUUUCCUGGUUAGCAAGACUUGUUAAGGAACCCGGUCAUUUUCGAUGUGGUUUUGACAUUAUAGUACCUUUUAUGGGUAUUGAAAUUCCAAAAUGGUUUUUCCAUCAUCGAUUUGUAGGUGGCUCAAUAAUAAGGAUACUAAGCAUUGACACUGAUGUAAAUGAUUGGCUUGGUUUUGCCUUUUGUGUAACAUUUGAGGUGAACAAAAAUAGUCGAGCAAAUCCUGGCUCCUCCUCGAAGCUGCCACGCCCUUUGUAUCUUUCAUUUGAAAGUGAAAACACAGAAGAAUGCUUUGACUUGCCUGCUUGUUUAGAGAUGGAGAAGGAGCAUGUUGGUCCAAUAUCAACAUAUUGCUGGAUAAUCUAUAUCUCUCGUGCACACUGCCAUUUUGUGAAAACAGGAACCUGUAUCACGUUUAAAGCAUGCCCGGGCUUACAGGUGAAGGAAUGGGGCCUACGCAUGGUAUGCAUGGAAGAUAUAGUGUUGAUAAGGAGAGAAUUCCGUAAAAUGGAUUGUGAAGGUUAUGAUCCUUGGUUUCGUCGUGGUAUACAAGAAAUCUCUGAUCCGAUAAUCUGUCUUCCCCAUAAUUGUUUCUAUACUACGGAUGAGCAUGAGAAUGAGGGCUAUAAUAGAUUUGGGCCUAAAAUCCAGCUACCCUACAAUUGGUAUGUAACUGAUGAAGAGGAAAAGGAGAAUAUGGAUGCUAAGGCCAAGGAAAUUAAUCUUUACAAUCUUGGCCAUUCUUCCAUAGAGGAAGUGCAAGUUGUGAACGGCCAUUCUUCCUCGGAGGAAGAGGAAAGCAUGAAAAUGAAAGGCAAAGCAUUGCAGGUAGCCUUUGAUGAGGAAAGUGAUUGCUCUUACAUGAGUGAUUUAUCUCCGAGGUAAACUAUCCUUAAAAGGAUUACAGGUAAAUAAGUAAAUUCUCUUCUCCUACUUAAUUAUUCUUCUUUUACCCAGAUGCUUAUUGUUGUUUGGUACAUAAUUUAAGGUCACUUCAAUAGUUGCAUCGUUUUACAGAUCUGCUACCCCUUGCACAUGUGAAGAAGUAAAACUUGAAAAACAAUGCUUCACUGUUGCAGAUUUGGGUAGCUUGAAUAUGUUCUACCUUCUGCCUUAUCAAAAGGAUCGGGAAUUCCAUUCUUUUCUUUC